AGCGCCGCUUCAGAUGGGAAUCAGAAGAAGUGCAGCUCUCCAGGCCCAUGAAAGAGCCGAGUCUUCAGGUCCAGGCUGGAGGCAGGGCGCAGGACUCGGCUCCAGGACUCGGCUCCGGGGGUUUGGCGCUUUUACGCACAGCUGCGCCGCUUUGGACCGAGACUGGCGCAGAUUCCAACAGUUUAGACCCAUAAAGUGCAGAGGUGGUGAUGGGACCUGACUCGGCCUCUGUUCCGCCUGAGGAGGCCCCCAGUGAAGAAUCUGACCACAUCAAAACUGAAGUUAAACAUGAGGACGAUCCCCGGCCCACGGACCUCGCUCCAAACACGGGUCACACGCGGCUCCUGAGACCGAAACCGGCUCAAAUGAAACGGCCUCAAACUGUUCUUCAGUGUAAACAGUGUGAGAAAUGUUUUACCCAAGAGGAGGCGCUGAAGAGACACCAAAACAGCCAACACAAACCAAACAAACCAAACAAACACCCCUGUCCCGACUGCGGCAAGGUCUUCAACCGCCCCUCCAGGUUAGAGAGGCACAGCCGGACUCACGCCAAGAAACCAAAGCUGUUUCAGUGUUCAUUCUGCCAAAAACAGUUCACCAAAAACAACAAACUGGUGCGACACGAGCGCGUGCACACGGGCGAGAGGCCGUUCACCUGCUCCUUCUGCGGCAAAGGCUUCACUGACCUGAGUCGCUGUAAAACACACGAAAAAAUCCACGACGAUAACCCGGAAAAACCCUUUGAAUGUUCGAUCUGCGGGAUGGGAUUUAUCCAAGCGUCCAGGUUAAACCGGCAUUUCCGCUCGCACACGGGGGAACGACCGUAUCACUGCGUCCUGUGUGAGAGCAGCUUCUCCCGGUCGGAGGGACUCAAGCGACACAUGAGGAGCCAUUCGGGCGAGCGGCCGUUCGUUUGCUCCGUUUGUGAAAAGGGGUUUUACUCUCGACACGAACUGAACAAUCACAUGUUGACUCACUCGGGGGAGAAGCCGCACAAGUGUCCCAUCUGCGGGAAAGGCUUCGCUCAGGUCGGGAACAUGAGGGUGCACGAGCAAACGGUCCACUCCAAGAAAGAAUGUCAGUACAUCUGCAACGAGUGCGGCGCCACGUUCUCGCAGUACAAGUCUCUGCAGAAGCACCAGCAGAUCCACACGGGGGUGAAGCCGUACUCCUGCCUCACCUGUGGAGUCAGUUUCUCCUGGAGCCACGGCCUGAGUCGACACAAACGCUCACACGCUCACCGCCGGCUGUCGUCUGAGGCCCCGGGACCUCACGCGGACGCGACGCACACGUGAACGCCUCUGUUUGUGUUUUAUAUCAUUCUGCUCGCACAAUCACGGGGCUAAAUCUGGACCCUGUAAGGUUUAAUGACGCAGACGCAGCGAUGGAAGAAGUGCUCCGUCCUGUCACUUAAGUAAAAGUAUCACAUGAAAACAUCUACUUAAGUAAAAGUAUUAAAGCACCUGUUUAAAAAUGCACUUGAAGAGUCAAAAUUAAAAGGAUUUCGCACAGAUUUUGAGGUCAAUAAAGCUUCAAAUGUUUUUUUU